AUGGGUACUAGGAUAUUACAAAGAAUAAUUAUUCCUGCAGUGAACUGCUUAAGAACCAAUCAUCAUAAUGUUUUAAGUCAUAACGAAAGAGCAAUUUACGCAAAUGUGACAAAUUUUACAGUAGUAAGAAAUUAUGCUAAGAACAAAGAUAAAGGGAAGGACAAGAAGGGUAAAGGAGGUAAAGUAGAGGUUAACGUUGCGGCAAUAUCCGAGGUUGUGCCAGUGGAUAAGAUGAAAGAAAGGUGUAAUGCAGCUAUCGAGAGAAUGAAGGCAGAUUUUGCCAAGAAUUUAUCUUUGCGUUCUACCACAGGCUCUAUGGAAUCAUUGAGGGUGAAAUUUGAAGGCAAAGAUUAUGAAUUACAGGAACUUGCUCAGAUUGUCCGCAAAAAUCCUAAAACUAUAGUAAUCAACUUUGCUUCCUUUCCUCAAGCUAUACCAAAUGCAUUAAAGGCCUUACAAAGCUCUGGCCUCAAUUUGAAUCCUCAGCAAGAUGGCACCACAUUGUAUGUUCCAGUACCUAAAGUCACAAAAGAACACCGAGAGGCACUGGCAAAGAAUGCCAAGGCGCUGUACAUAAAAUGUAGAGAUUCAGUAAAGGAUGUUCAAGCAGACUUUAUUAAAAAAGUUAAAAAACAAAGCAGUGUAUCUGAAGAUGUAGCAUUUAAUGUAUCUAAGCAAAUCAAUGCAAUUUGUGAAGAAUAUCAGAAUGAAGCUAAGCACAUUUAUGAUGUGAAACAUAAUGAAUUAGUAGGAAAUUAG